ACAGUUAUAUCGUACCGUUAUAAAACGGUCUACGAGAGCGUUGUGAUGACCGUACGAAGUGUUUUUGUGUUUUUUAUAAUAUUAAAAUCUGUCAAUGAAAUAAUUGGAGAUUGCAAUUUAUCGUUAAAAAAUGAUUUCGGAGAUCCGUCACCUGUUUACGUCAAGAGCGGGAAGUUUUUGGCGCCAAACGCAACUACGGGUGACAUUUUGGUACGACGUUCGGAAACACUAUUCGUAGGGUGUCCUGGGAAAAAUAGAUUUGUUGUUUUAUCCAAUCAUACUACGGAUUUAGACGUUGUUAAAGUUCAAUGUAUAUCAGGUACAAUAUUCCACGCUGGGAGAUGGGUUGGCGAAUUUAAACAGAUUAAAUGUAACGCUUCACCUUGGUUCACGGUAGAAGCCACGAACUAUUCGUGCUACGAUGGCCAUAAAAUUUACAGGAUUGGUUACCGCGUUGCCGAUAAUUUCUACACUCUGUACGAGGCUUGCUUUGACGAGGGUGUGUUGAGGACAGUAUACGUACAGCACGAACUGACGCCAGAGGCCAAGUACCACCAGUCAGGUGGUAGACGGCCUUCGUUUAUUGACACGGGUGUAUUCGGCAAGGUGCGCAUGGCAAAUAUAUACGCGCUGAAGAACCAGAGAGCUAAGAUCAACGACGCAGUUGGAGAUAAGAUGGACCAACAGUACAUUACAAAAAAACAGUUUCUUACACGUGGUCAUUUAGCACCAAGGGCGGAUUUUGCACUUCGAAGUCACCAGCGCGCUUCCUUCCACUACAUCAACGCAGCUCCACAAUGGAUGAGAGGGAACGCCGGAGACUGGGCGGCUUUAGAGGAUGCAUUACGCCGUCGUGUGGUCAGCAGAGGUAGGAAGGUUACUGUUUACACUGGGACACAUGGUGUGUGCACACUGGCUGAUGCCUUCGGUGUGGAACACGACUUGUACUUGCACGCUGAUGAAAACAAUAAUAGAAUCAUUCCUGUCCCUCUAUAUUUUUAUAAGGUAGUAUACGAUUCAGAAGAGAAAACAGCAGUGGCAUUUGUCACAAUCAAUUCUUCUUAUUACAACAUAACUAUGAUAGACGAAUUAACGUUCUGCAGCGACAUCUGUGACGGAAAUCAGAACUAUUCAUGGUUGAGAUGGCGCUCGAAUGACGGAACCCACAGCUUUUGUUGUGAUUAUAAUGAAUUCAUAAAAGAAAUUGAUCAUUUACCAGAAUUAGAUAUCAAGGGAAGGUUUUAUUAAACUGUGAUAUUAAUAAAAUAUUUAUUUUUUAUUUA